GCGCUGAGGCGGGACGCGCGGCCCGGCAGGCCGGCUGCAGCGGGCGCCUGGGGCGGGGCGGCCGCGGCGGCGGCGGCCGCGGCGGUUUCGCUGGAGCGCGGGGCGGCGGGGCCCCGGCGGCGGAAGAUGGCGGAGCUCGGCAAGAAGUACUGCGUGUACUGCCUGGCCGAGGUGAGCCCGCUGCGCUUCCGCUGCACUGAGUGCCAGGACAUCGAGCUGUGCCCCGAGUGCUUCUCCGCCGGCGCCGAGAUCGGCCACCACCGCCGCUACCACGGCUACCAGCUGGUGGACGGCGGGCGCUUCACGCUCUGGGGGCCCGAGGCCGAGGGCGGCUGGACCAGCCGCGAGGAGCAGCUGCUGCUGGAUGCCAUCGAGCAGUUCGGCUUCGGGAACUGGGAGGACAUGGCAGCUCACGUCGGCGCUUCCCGGACCCCCCAGGAAGUGAUGGAGCAUUACGUAAGCAUGUACAUCCACGGAAACCUGGGCAAGGCCUGCAUCCCCGACACCAUCCCCAACCGGGUGACCGACCACACCUGCCCCAGUGGGGGCCCCCUCUCUCCCAGCCUCACCACCCCCUUGCCUCCCCUAGACAUCUCGGUGGCCGAGCAGCAGCAGCUGGGCUACAUGCCGCUGCGGGACGACUACGAGAUCGAGUACGACCAGGACGCCGAGACGCUCAUCAGCGGGCUCUCGGUCAACUACGACGACGACGACGUGGAGAUCGAGCUGAAGCGCGCGCACGUGGACAUGUACGUGCGCAAGCUCCGCGAGCGGCAGCGGCGCAAGAACAUCGCGCGCGACUACAACCUGGUGCCCGCCUUCCUGGGCAAGGACAAGAAGGAGAAGGAGCGGGCGGCGCGGCGCAAGGUCAGCAAGGAGGAGAAGGAGCUGCGGCUGAAGCUGCGGCCGCUCUACCAGUUCAUGUCGUGCAAGGAGUUCGACGACCUGUUCGAGAACAUGCACAAGGAGAAGAUGCUGCGCGCCAAGAUCCGCGAGCUGCAGCGCUACCGGCGCAACGGCAUCACCAAGAUGGAGGAGUCGGCCGAGUACGAGGCGGCCCGGCACAAGCGCGAGAAGCGCAAGGAGAACAAGGCGGCUGCGGCGGCGGCCGCGGCGGCGGGGGGUGCCAAGCGGGGCAAGGAGGAGGGCCGAGACGGCGAGUUCGCGGCCAUCGAGCACCUGCCGGGCUUCGAGCUCUUGUCGGACCGCGAGAAGGUGCUGUGCAGCUCGCUCAACCUGAGCCCCGCGCGCUACGUGACCGUGAAGACCAUCAUCAUCAAGGACCACUUGCAGAAGCGCCAGGGCAUCCCCUCCAAGAGCCGCCUGCCCAGCUACCUGGACAAAGUCCUGAAGAAGAGGAUCCUGAACUUCCUCACCGAGAGCGGGUGGAUAUCCAGGGACGCCUCCUGAAGCCCGCCGCCCGGAGCGCCCGGGAUGGACGGAUGGACAGAUGGAGGAUAGUCGCCGCGAGAGCACACCGACAGCGAAGAGGGAAAAAAAAAAAUUUGUGAGCCAAAACGAAACGGGGUGGGCAGGAGGGGGAGAGGAAACGCUUUUCCGCCCCCCCCACCCCCACCCCUACCCCGCAUUGUUGCUCUUUUUUUUAAA